UAACAGUUUCUUUCUGAUCUACGGCUGAUUCGGAUCAUCCUCCUGUCUCUAACCAGCCUAAUUUGCGGCUAUUCCAGGGAAACCGCGACCUAGCAUUAGCAGUUUAGCAAACGCGCGCGGCGGAUCGUCAGUGAUUUAGAAAAUUUUGGCCAAGUCGGUUCCAUUCUAAGUUAAACAACGAAAAUUGCUAGCGAAGAUAUAACGCGUUAAACUAAUUUGAUGUUGUGCACCUCGUCGCCCAAUUGCUGAUUGUAGGGCCAGAAUAUGGCGAUCUUGAACGGAGAAUGAUCUGGUUACAAACUCUAGUAUACAACUGGUUCGGACCUAGCGAACAUUCAACGCAGACUUAAAUGUUGAACGCGUUUAUCGGAUUAUCAAACAAUUUGAACCGUGAUCAACCCAAGUUUAGAGCAGCAGCAUGCACAAAAUCAACUGCCGGUGAAACGAUAUGCCCAUUGUUUUGUGUAUUCCAGUUGGUGACAGAUUGUGUCACCGGACUGAUACUUGAAAUAUAAAACAAACUCAGUGCAGCAUCUUCCGCAAAGAAAGACGGCCCCAGUGGGAGUGAAUCCGUCAACAGCUACAUUUCUUUGACACAGUUCUUUCGCGAAUGCAGUAUCUGGCCGUGCAAAUAAGUUUUACAAUAAACAGUGCAACCUUGAGUGCAGUCCAGGAAAUGAAUCGGUACCGGCAGCCACAUCAAGAAUGGUGCUCAGCGUGACGAUCGUGUACUGAUCACCGUGCCCUAGUUUCGAAUGGAACGUCGGUCACAUAGGGCGAAACAAGUGUUUAUGUGAUACAGUUGAUUCUCAGUGUAUAAAACAAAUUUUAUAUGAAGAAAUUCUUUAACCUAUACAAGUUAUAUCAUUAUGCGAGGAAGCAUAGUUGGAAUAGAGGACGGCCUCAGCAAUCCAAGUUCUGGAAGCUGGUACGGAAUAUUGCUAGAGUUAAUUGAUAACCUGUACGCAGCGUUCAUCGUAGGACCUCUCGUGGUCUGCUACUGGCGCGGUACAUGGAACCUGAUGGCAGAUUACAUCUACCCAUCGGAUCACCCCACUAGUCUUAUGACAUCGUUGGCCGUUGGCGUGGUAGGUCAUCUCUUAUUCAACAUAUUCCAGUCAACCAUCCAGCGCUAUCUGAACGCCGACAAACAUCGACUACUGUUUUACAUCGGAUCAAGAUUGUACACCGAAGUGUACGGUACAAUAUGCGUAAAUACAUGGCGCGGAGGAUGGGAAAUGAUUAACCUAUAUACUACCCGCGACGUGUUAUAUGUGACACUGAUAACGCUAAGUUGUGCAGUUUUACUCGCGAUGAUCAAAGGCCUACGCAACGUCACUGCAUCGCCAUUCGUAGUCGUCAACGAUGCCCGGCAGGAAUAUUUCGAUGUUCCAACCUACUUCAGACGAUCGGGCACCAAAGAGCCAGGAUUGUACGUUCUGGAUUGCAUGUUUUCGGUGUUGGUGAUCGGAUCUCUGGUGGUUUUUGUGUGGCGAGGGUUGUGGGUGCUCUUGGAUCAGAGUCUGUUUCCAGAGGACAGCGCGCUCACGGCUUGGGCAUCAGUGCUGAUAGGAUAUGGCGUGACAGGAGUCACCUUCUCUCUGCAACCUCUGAUGCGAUGGACAUGUGACCGGCUGACGGGAAUUUGGCGUGUCAUUGUCGCUGAUUUGUUCCUUUUCUUCAGCUUCAUUGGCACAAUUAAUGUAUGGCGAGGAGUUUGGCAGCUCCUAGAUCACUAUUUUCUACCAGACAAUCGAAUUUUAAGUGAUUGGAUAACUCAUGGCGUAUCGCUGCUACUACUGAUUCUUCUAAACUGCUCCAACUCUGUGCUAGUGCGUGGGGUUUACAUUGACGCGGAAGAACCAGCCGGGCAAUGCGUCGUCUUUCCGGUGUACUACAUUCGGUUGUUUUUCCAGAAGGAACGAAACAAGAAACAGAAAAGAUUAAUGGAAUCGCUAGGCAAAGCAGAAUACAACAAUGUCACAAGUGUUCUGCUGGACAAGAAGCCUAUCAAAAUUGAACAAAAUCAUCAAAUCACUCGUAACCUAGACUCUGUGUCACUUACCAUAAUUGAUAAUCCUAAGGAUAACAUUGAUCAUAAUACCCACGAAAACAGGCAGUGAUGAUUGUCAUAGAGCAAAAAAUAGUCAUUAACUACAGCAUCUAUCGCGCGAAAAUAACAUAACCUAAACUCCGCGGAUAAACCUUGAAUCCGCCGGGCUUCAACAAUUCAUAAUUGUACCAUUGGCUACUUGUGUGAAAUUUUUUUUUUAUCUCAAACUCUCACUAAUGGUAGCGUUAGUUGUGUAUUAAAUAGAAAUAAGUAUUAUUACUGUUAAGAUAAAUCAUCUGUAUUGCGACUUUAGAAUUGUACAUAUUGUAGUUUGCAAAUUUACUGAUACGUUUUCGUAUGUCUUCGAAUAAAUCAUGUUCAAAGUCUGUGUAAUUCCAAUCGUUAAGUGCA